AUGCUGAAUAAGGGAAAAGAAGAUGAAAUUUUGCAAAAUAUCCUGCAAAUAUGCCUUAGGAGGAACGCGGCAAGCAAUAUAAAGGUUCACUUAGAAUCAUACGAAAAGGAAUUAAAAGAAAGUAAAGAAGAGAAAGAACUGUAUUUGGAAAUUGAUAAUUUAUAUUUUAUAUUAUUGCACAAAAUAGCGUAUUUACAUAAACAAAAGAAAAAUUGUUUAAGUUAUUUAUGUUCCUGUGCAUCCAGGUUAUCUGAUAAAAAUAUUUUUAAAAAUAGCCAACUAAAUAAUAAUGAAGUAGAGAAUGUAAGUAAUGAGAUAUUGAAUCAAAUAAUUAAUAGUGCAUUAAUUUACUUAGAAAAUUUAGAUGUGUAUCCAGAUGUUACUAUAUCAUCAAAAGAACGGGUACUUACCUUUUAUGAAUUUUUAAAGGGUUCAUGUACAUCUCGUUUUUUAAAAAAAAUAUUAUCUGUUAUAGAAGAAAAUGAUAAAAAUGAAGAACGUGAACAAGAAAAGCAAUUAAAUAAGUUUUUUACCCCAGUCAUAGAUCUCAUAUUAGAUAACUUGAAUGGAAGGAGUUUGAUAUAUCCGAAAAAUGAUGUUGCAGUGUUGUUGAAAUUUCUGACAAGUUUUAAGCAAGUAGCUGAAUUUAUUAUAAAUAAUAAGUCCAUAUUUUUAUACUUGAAUUUAAGAGACAAAAUGGAAGACACUAUUAUUCCCGCAGCAGGUGCAGCAGCGGAGAAUGGUUCACCAACGGAUAGUGUAAAUAACACAUCCAUAUCAAAACAUGGAUUUGACGAAAGUAAGGAAUGCAGCAAAGACAAAGAAAUAAAUUCUUGUGGAUACAACUUACAAUUGAAUAGUCUUUUAGGGAGACUAAUAUCUCCCACAGUGAUAACGAUGCCAAAUAUAACAAAAAAAGAAGAAAUAGUAAUGUAUAAAUAUUUCUAUAACAGUGUUACUAAUUCAUUGAAUAAAAUGACAUUAAGUGCUUUAAAAAAUACAUACUUUUUAUUAAGAAGAGACACGAAUUGGAUUUUAGAAAAUUGUGUUGAAACGAUAAAAAAUUUGUUAAAAGUAAGUAACGAGAGUAAGAAAAGAGUUUUACUAUGGCUAAAUUGUAUUAUUGUUUCAAAUGAGAAGAAGACAAAAAUAAUGUAUCAUUAUUCGACAUAUCCUCAAUCUUUAGAUGCAUCGUAUGGAUUAUUUUUAAAAUUGUUAGGGGAGAAUUCUUACGGAUUUUGUAUGAACAUGUUUUGGAUUUUAUUAUGUCUUUGUGAACCCAUAACAAUGAACAAAAUUAGUGAUUUUGAUUCACUUUUUUUUCUAAGGGAUGAUCCCUUUUCAAAAUUUUUGUUAAAAAAUAUAAUAAAUCAAUCAUCUUUUGAAGAAAAGUCAAAUGUGGAAAAAAUAAAAAAUAAACUAAAAAAUUUAGAAAGUUUUAAAAAAGAACCCAAGUUUAUUACAUCUAUCUUUUGGAUGACAUUCAAAUCUUUGAGUGUGUUCUUGAAACCAUCUAUUGAUGAAUUUAUUAGGAUUGUUCAAGAAGUACCAAAUGCAAAAGAUAAAAAUUAUUAUUACAUGAAUAUACACACAUGGAAAAUAUUUUUAUAUAAUACGAGGUUUAUUCAACUCUUAUUUAAGUUUUUACAUUUAUGUAUGGCUUACUUCUUACACGCUGCUUACAUUUAUGAUAUGCAAGGAAAUAUCAGUGUGAAUAUGCAAAACAUGUUAAAAGAUCAUAAUGGGUGUCUUAACCCACUCGUCUUAAAAUCUUGUCCUCCGCCGAACGAAAAAAAUUACCUUAAGAGAAACAGAAUUUUUGGAAGUGUUUCCCAUGCAGUUAGUGGCAGAAUGGAUGAAGUGGAAGAGGAGGAGGAGCAGCAGCAGCAGGAGAAGAAGAAGAAAGAGAAAAAUGAGAAUGAGAAAAAGAAGAGUGGAAAUAGGUCAAACGAAGAAAAAGAUAAUGAAACUUCAUGUGGUGAUGUAAAAAACGCUCCACAUGAGACGGAGGGGGAGACAGAAGGAGAAGUGGAUAAAAGGAAUAUAAGGAAUGAAGGUAAUCACAAUAAUGAUGAAGGAAAUGAAGAUGGAGAAAAAAAAGAUGUUAAUGAAGAAGCAAGCGAAGUUCAAAGAUCAAAUCAGAACGAUGAUCCAGAAAGCUGUUUGAACAGCGAAGAUCAUCUGUACGCUUCUCCCCAGUUUUCAAUCAUUCCAACAUUUUUUUUGAGUGAUAUAUUUGAUAUUAUUUAUCUGUUAUACGAAUUGGAUACGUUUAAGAGUCCAAAUAAUGAAACCUUUAUAAGUUAUCUAAAUAUGGAUUUGUUUUUAGCUUUUUGUAUCUUUACCAUGUUAAGUGAGAAUCAUAUAAAAAGUAUACAUCUGAGAUGUGAAGCAGCUCCGAAAACAUUUACACACUUGUAUAGGAGUGAUAGUUUGAAAAAAAUGAUUGAAGAGUCAGAUUUAACGAGAAAAUAUAUCAUAAGAUCGUUGACAAAUGUUUUUAUUGCAUCACAAAAAGGUGAAUACACAGAAAGAAUGCAAACUAGGGUUCGCAUUGUAGAAAAUUUCAAUAGUCUUUUUUUGAAUGAAAUAUAUGUGGAUCAAUUUACCCAGUUAGUUAUUAAGAACAAUAAUUUGUUCGUCCAUUUGAUUCAUUUGUUAUUGAAUGAUGUUAAUUUUCUUGUUGAGGAGGUAGUUUCCUACUUAUCUGAAAUUAAAAGGAGGGAGGACAAGAAGAGGAGUGAUAUCCAAAGGGCUGCUAAUCGUGCUAGAAUCAGUGUUGGAAGUUGGACCUCAAAUGGAAUAAGCAAUUCGAAUAUUUACACAGAUGUGACGAGGAACAGCAGAACACCCACUGAAAAUGUAAUCAAUCAACUGGACUCAUCUAGUAGCCGUGCUAUUGGCUCGAAUGUUGACCCCAAUACUGACCCUAAUGCUGACCCCAAUGCUGAUCCCAAUGCUGGCCCCAAUUUGGAUAGUAGAUUGAAUUCCAAUUCGUUAGCCAAUUAUGGGAACGAUUUUGAUAAUAAUUUUGGCACCAGUUUUCGGAGUACAAACGAAGCAUAUAAUAGUGACAAUACUGAUAAUGAUGAAACAGGUGGAAGGAGUGUAGGUGCAGAUAUAAGUAAUGAGAGUAUGAGAAAUUUAGCUGCACGGACGAAAAUGAUAAUAAAUUAUUGUUAUAAAUCAUGCAUUUUUUUAAAUUUAUUAUGUAAGAGUUACCCAAACAGCAUCGUUACAUCUAACACUAUUUUGACGCAAAUUGUUACUUGCUUGAAUUGUUAUUUUGAUUAUUUAGUUGGUCCUAAAUGUUUAAAUAUUAAAGUAAGAAAUAUGGAACAAUAUAACUUUAGACCUCAGUUAUGGCUAACCAGUAUCGUAGAAUCAUAUCUUUUUUUAUUAAAUUCUGACAAAGAACAUGAAGAAUUAUUAACUAGAGAAAUUGCAAAUGAAGGGAGGUACUACAAACCUGAGAUUUUUAAUAAGGCAUAUUAUAUAUGUAAGAGAGAAGGACUUAUAUCUAAAGAAGAUUUAAAUAAAUUUAAGAAUUUUUGUCAACAAAUUAUUGAUAUGAAAGAUGAAGUAGAAUUAUUUGACGAUGUUAAUGAUAUUCCUGAUAAAUUUUUAGAUCCCAUUUUGCAAGAUAUUAUGUUAGAUCCCGUUUUUCUACCUACAUCUAGCAUUGUCAUUGACAGAAAAAACAUUGAGAGACACCUAAUGAGUGAACCCAAUGAUCCAUUUAAUAGGGCACCACUUACUAAGGAACAACUGGUCCCCAUGCCUGAGUUAAAAGAAGAGAUUCAUAAAUUUAUUGAAGAAUUGAAACAAGAAAAGAAGAGGAAAAAAAAAAUGAAACUUUUAGAAAUGGAAUCCCUAAACGAAUCUGUGUUUAGCAAUGAAUUUCAGGAAAUCCAUACCAAGGAUGAGGAUUCGAAUGCACAGAACAAUACGCAGGAACAGAAAAAACAGGAAGAAUAG